AUGACCAUUGUACAUAAAUCGAGAACACCAGAAGAUAUGCAUCAUUAUUAUCAAGUUGACAUCACCAGAGAAAGAUCAGAAGAAUUAUCGAAAUCGUUUAUUAUCGAGAAUUUCUACAAUGAGAGUUAUCUUGGCUUUUGUGAUCCUGGUUUGUCUUGCCUUACAUAUUUGUUAAAGGUUGGUCGAGAAAGACUAAAAAUCGAAACAACGACAAUGGCUCUAUUGCGUUCAAAAAGAGUUCAUCACAUUGUCGAUAUCGAAAGAGUUCAACGACUUGACAGAAAGCAGCGUAUUGUCUACUUCAACGCAGUGAUAAGAGCGUCGACCGUUCCUAUUUACAAAGGAAAAUACGAACGCCUUUUAACCAUCCAUAAAACCAUUUUCCAUGGAUACGGAAUCCACACGAAGAAGUUUUUUCUUCCUUGGCAUCGUUGGUAUCUUCUGCAAUACGAGAAUCUCCUGAGAGAAAUAGAACCUGAGGUGAUUGUGCCAUAUUGGGACUGGAGCCUAGAAUCUGGGACGCCUACAAAAGUGAAUUGUGGAAUACAAACCUCGCAGGUAUUGGUGGUAAUGGAUCACCCACAACAAUGUGUGUUGAAGAAGGAACAUUCAGUGAAGGUCAAUGGUUUCUACCUAAGUGAAACAAAAGAACAUUACAAAUUCUUCGAGUUUGAACAGCUUCUCCGUGAAUAUCUACAUGACACUGUCCAUUGUGAAAUAGGUGGGACAAUGUGUACACAUAACGCAGCAUUCGCCCCAGAAUUCUUCCUUCAUCAUGCUUUUAUCGAUAAGAUCUGGUGGGAUUGGCAGAGGAAGGGAGAGGAGUUCAAAAAACACUAUUACUUUAUGGAACAAACUUCUUAUAUGCCGUGGAAUAAGUAUCUUCCCAAGGAGUUUAUUGACUCAGAAAUGCUGCCUAAUGUUGCUGGAAAAGUAUGCGUAGAAUACCAACAACCAAUUAAGAGUAUGCCCUCGGUAUUAAAAGGAAAAACGCCUGAAGAGAUCAUAGAUAUCCUUUCGAGUGAAGAAAAAGAAGUGACAAGACUGCCUCUCCCAAAAUUACCAUUAUCCUCCAGAAAGUUGUUUAGGAUAUCUAGCUCUGAUAACUUCCGACUGAAAAAGUUGUUGAAAGUUUUACAACCUUCAAAACCACCAGUCUUGGAGCUCUUGGAAAAAAACGUGGAAAGUUUCCCAAACCUGGAGUCAUUAUUAGGGACAAAGAAGAGAGCAAGUGAUGUUUUGAUUUCAUAUGGUUUUGUUUGAUUUUGUCAUUAUGAUUUACUGUGUAUCGCAAGUGUAUGCAGUUUCCAAUUCGCUGUAAAACGAUAGGCUAAAUACUGUUUGAGUUUGAACAAUUGCAGAAUCUAUCGCAGUAUGUUUAGAUAAGAAGUUUUCAUUAUUCUUCAAUAAAGUUUUCAUUUCAAAUCUCUCUGAAGCAAGUGGGAUAGUGAAAAA